CAGAGUACCAGGAACAAUGAACGGAGCGAUGGCCAUGGCACCAGCAUCUCAGAAUAAUGUGGAGCCCCCGAACAAGAAACCUAAAGUUGAAGAUGUUACAGCGGAGAGACAGUACAGAAUCUGUGGCCUACGACUGAGCUGUGAUCAUGAGCGUGCGCCAAACAAAGAAAGAGAACGCUACAUUCGUUGAACAGAACAAAUCAGAGUUUUGAAAACUCCCACUGACACAGCAUCUAUUGUCGAGUACCAAAUACGAUGCUUAUCUUAGAUAGGUCAGCAUUCUAGGGUAGACUUCUUUCAUCCUAAUUAUAAGCCUCUGUACAAUAUUUCAUGGGAACAAGAACAGUUUUAAAUAUCGAUGGUUGAGGACAUUUAUUCUUUCUGUGAGAACAAAGAAUACAUUUCUGAUUUCUGUUAUGAAGAUACAAACCCUAGAAGACCCCAAAGAUUGGAGGCUUAUAAAUAGGAGGUGCAAUGGCGAUAUAUUUUUUCUGUGGUAUGCUCAAUGUUCAUCAUAUUUUUGUCCUUAUCAAACCUUUGUACACUUUAUCGUUAAAGGAAGCAUACUCGUUGCAAGCAAAGAAAGUUAUUUGAAUAGGGUACAUACAACACGAAAAAAGUAUAUUUUUCCGUAAGGUGAAUCGCGUUAGAGGAGCAAACGUAUUGUUUUACAAAUAGGAUCGCCAUUGCCGCAAUAGAACGCGUUAGGGAUAAAUGCGUGGUAGGUUGGAAAAGGCAAACUGUAAGAAAAUGGCGCAGAAAAUGCACUGAGAGUAUUCUCCUUUGCUUUGUGCUUACAGAUUUGUGCGUCGCCUCAAUCUCGGAUAGUUUGCGCACAACCAUCAUUGCUCAGCCCAGAACACGGUUAGCCGUUAAGCAAAUCGAACAAAGUCUAAUAGUAUAUCGAUUCGUGAAACUGCAAAAGUCAUAAAAAGAGAGAAAGAAACGUGUUUCAACGUGUUCUGAUUUCUGUUUCAGAGACUAGCAGACCAAAUUGGUUAACAUACGAAACCUAAUCUAGUUAUCGGUAGUCUUUUUUCGGGGCUGAUGUAGUGCGAACAGUAACGAAAUUUAAACGAAACCUUAACACGAAUAAUUGCGUUUGCAGUUGGUUCCUCGUAAACUUUCAUUUUAAAUUGAAUUUUGGAAUUUUAUCGUUCCUCGUCUGUCAAGAUAUAAAGUCAUUUUUAUUUCAAUGGCGUAAAGAGAAGGAAGAAGAGAUUUCAUCUCUUCUGAAAUAUGUAUACGAGUAUAUACAUGUAGCUGUGUAUAUACGUUUAUACUUUACAAAUAUACCGUUAUUGUUCCUGACUGUUUUAAUUUCUUUGAACUUACAGUUCGGAGGAUGAUUCUACUGCAGUGGGAACUGUUGCACGACGUCCUUACUUUUUUCAUCUCUUUUUAAGUCAUUUCUUUCACUCUUUGCUCAUAUUUCAAUGUUUUUAUAGAGAUUGAUGAAAUAUCGAUAUUUACAAAAAGUUUGACAGUAUAUUUGUACAACGAACAUUAGAUGUUCUUAUGUCAAGUCAUAAGGUUGGACACGUAAAAAAGCGAAACGUAAAAAAACGAAAAAAAAAUGUAAAACAAGCGAAAUCUCUAUAUUAGUAUAUAAUUAUGAAUUGUUCUAGUACCUCUAUCAUCAACUAAAUGAAAUAUGGAAUAAGAAAAAAAAGAAUGAUAUUGUUCUUCAAAGAAUUCGUAUAUGUGUGUGAUGGUGGACGUACUAAAUGUAAUUGCUAUUAUAUUACGCGUUUAUCUAAUGCAAAUUUUCUUCGUAGGAAAUGCAACAGAGUUCUUGCCUGGGCCUAUAUAUGAUCUUAAUCAAAUCGGACAAGUCGUUGCUGGACCCGGAGCUAAAUACCUUACGUUACCUGGUAUUCUAGGCGCAGGUCUUCCAAAAAUAACGUCUGAACAACAGGACACAGUAAAUAGAGCAAAAAAGUAUGCGAUGGAACAGAGCAUCAAAAUGGUACUGAUGAAGCAGACCCUCGCGCAUCAACAACAGAAGAAUAAGUUGGUCCUGCGGCAGCAAGUUUUAUUGCUAAUGUGCAGGGUAUAUGUGGGCAGCAUCAGUUUCGAAUUAAAAGAGGAUACGAUCAGGCAAGCUUUCUUGCCUUUUGGUCCUAUAAAGUCGAUCAACAUGUCUUGGGAUCCUGUUACGCAGAAGCACAAGGGAUUUGCGUUCGUCGAAUACGAGAUACCUGAAGCAGCACAACUUGCUUUGGAACAAAUGAAUGGUGUCAUGAUUGGUGGACGUAACAUCAAGGUUGUGGGGCGCCCGUCAAACAUGCCCCAAGCUCAAUCGGUCAUAGAUGAAAUUACUGAGGAGAGUAAACAUUAUAAUCGCAUUUACAUCGCGUCUAUUCAUCAAGAUUUAACCGAAGAUGACAUUAAAUCCGUAUUCGAAGCGUUUGGCCCUAUUACGUAUUGCAAACUAGCGCAAGGAAGUUCACCUCACCGACACAAAGGAUACGGCUUUAUCGAAUACGAGACUAUGCAAGCUGCCCUAGAAGCUAUCGCGUCGAUGAAUUUAUUCGACCUAGGCGGACAGUACUUGCGAGUGGGCAGAGCUAUCACACCACCAAAUGCUCUUAUGGGUCCGCCCAGCGGAACCAGUAUGAUGCCCACUGCAGCCGCUGUUGCAGCUGCUGCUGCAACCGCAAAGAUUCAAGCGAUGGACGCGGUAGCUAGCAAUGCAGUUGCCCUUGGUUUGACGAAACUCGGAGCAGCUGCUCCGCCGAUCCUAAAUCAAGCUUUGCCCGGCAUAGUAAGACCAACAAUUGCCCCCGCGACAAUAAUGGCACCGCCUACUAUAGCAACAGCAGCGCCUGUUAUACCUCCGCCUGGUAUAGCGAUACCACAAACAUUAACUCGGCCUCCAGCGAUAAUACAACCCAUACCUGGUCAGCCAGUUGUCAUUCCACCUCCGGCUGUCGUUGCACCUACCAUAGUCGGAACUCCAGUUGUAAGUAUAAUACCAGUUACAACCACGACAAAUACCGAUAUAAUGAGGCGAGCGCAAGAGCAGGCAGCUCACCAGAAACAGCAAGAGGAAUUACAAAAGAAGUUGCUAGAAGAAACGGAACCGCAAACGUUGCAACAACAAGAAAACAUGUCGAUCAAAGGACAAAGCGCACGUCAUCUUGUUAUGCAGAAACUUAUGCGCAAAGUUGAAUCCCGAGUUGUUAUACUACGAAAUAUGGUUGCACCGGAAGAUGUGGACGAGAGUUUACAAGAAGAGAUUCAAGAUGAAUGCUCCAAGUUCGGAGUUGUAGAAAGGGUUAUUAUUUAUAAUGAACGACAAUCCGAAGAUGACGAAGACGCAGAAGUUAUUGUAAAAAUUUUUGUCGAAUUCUCUCAGAUGAGCGAGGCGGAGCGUGCAAGAGAUUCCUUAAAUGGCCGAUACUUCGGUGGCCGAUUAGUAAAGGGAGAACUAUAUGAUCAAGCUCUGUUCGAUAAUAGUGACUUCUCUGGUUGAUCACGAGGUACUUGGCACCUUCUCAAUUCCGUCAGUUUCUUUCGAACGAAAGAAUUUAUAACUAUCGUUGACUGAUGUUCUGUACGUUAAUGCGAGAAGUACAUACUACUUCUUGAAAGUCUCAACAAUCAUAGUCUGUCUUCUUUCGAAAAGGACUAGUUCUUUACUAGGACUUCUAAUUUUUGAUUCAUCUAGACUUCCCUACAUUUAAAGUCAGUAGGUCAAUCAGAACUGGUCUUGUCAACACGUGAUAAGAUGACACGUUUAAAAUGAAUUCUCGAGCAGUCGUGCUCGACGAGAGAGAUCAAGAUUGAACGAACACUACCAUGAAAGCUGUGUAUAAGAACGAUAGAUAUUCCGUUUAAAUUUAGUAUCACUACUGUUUAUUUUUGUUCGAAGAGAAUUAGUUUACAACUUACUGAAGAUUAUGUCCAAGUGUAUAUGCAUAGAGAUAUAGGGUAUCAGAGAAUUGUUUUAUUCAUAGACUACAGACAAGUAAUACAUGCAUAAAUUAUGUCAUAAUACCACUAUAUGUUACAAUAAAGUUUGUACAUAUUUA